GCGCGCCCUCGAGCUUGGAGCACCGCCCAGGCCGCGGGACCGCGCCCCAACCUGGCCGCCGGGCGCGCGCCUGGCUGAAGAACCUUUUUAAGUGAGGGGCGGAGGCCGGAUUGCGAUUGCGAUCGCGAUGGCGAACCUGGGCUACCUGCUGUGCUUGUUGGGUUUGCUACUAUGUGGGCUUGCAAGUCCUGGGAUGACCAGACCCUACAACCAUGGCUCCGAGAGGCCCAUCAUCGGAAUAAUAAUGCAAGAAUGUUUUGGGAAAAUGGCGAAGUUGGGGAACUACUACAUUGCUGCAUCCUAUGUGAAGUAUAUAGAGUCUGCAGGUGCACGAGUUGUGCCCAUAAGGCUCGAUCUUAGUGAUGCAGAGUAUGAAGAACUUUUUAGAUCUAUUAAUGGAGUUCUCCUUCCUGGAGGAGGUGCUAACCUAACAGAUUCAGGUUAUUCCAGAGUGGCCAAAAUAUUUUUCAGCAAGGCUAUAGAGAGCUUUGAUAAUGGAGACCAUUUUCCUGUGUGGGGAACAUGCCUUGGAUUUGAGGAGCUUUCUGUCCUGGUUAGUGGAGAGAACUUACUAACGAGUACAGACACUAAGUCAGAGAAAUUGCCCUUGAACUUCACUGAAGGUGCAAGGAAGAGCAGAAUGUUCCAACAUUUUCCUACUGAGUUAUUGGAUUCACUAGCAUUAGAAAAUCUGACCGCAAAUUUUCACAAAUGGAGCCUCUCUGUGAAGAAUUUUACAGAAAAUGAAAAGUUAAAGAAGUUUUUCAAUAUAUUAACAACCAAUACAGAUGGCAAAACUGAGUUCAUUUCAUCCAUGGAAGGAUUUAAAUAUCCAGUGUAUGCUGUCCAGUGGCAUCCUGAGAAAGCACCGUUUGAGUGGAAGGAACUGGACGGUAUUUCUCAUGCACCAAAUGCUGUGAAGACUUCAUUCUACUUAGCAGAAUUUUUAGUUUCUGAAGCUCGGAAAAACAAUCACCACUUUGAGAACGAAGUUAAGGAGACUGCAUCCUUGAUUUACAAGUUCUAUCCAAUUUAUACUGGAAAUAUUUCUUCAUUUCAGCAAUCUUAUAUGUUUGACUGAAAUUCUUCAAUAUGGUAACACAGCAACUUUGAACAAUUCUGUGAUUGAAUUGCUAACACAGCUCAGGGCAGUAUGAGAAAGCCACACAGAUAUCUUUGCUGUGUGCCUGGUUCUGAUUCAUGGCUUAAUACAUGAUUGCUUUUAUCAGAUUUGAUAACCUGAUAAUGAAAAAUAUAAAAAAUCAGAGCGUUUUUCAUGAAAAUGCCUUCUUAUGUCUGAAGAUUCUAAAAUACAAGUUUUUGAAAAUAUACUUUGUCUGUGAUUAUUGGCUCAAGGAGGAAAAGCUAUCCCAAAUCUACCCAAAUUAAUUUUGCAAAAGUCUGUUUGAGUUAUACCUCCAGGUACCUAUUAUGUCUUCAUUUGGGUGUCAGGAGUAUGUGUGCAUGUGUGUGUGUUUAUAAAGUUAUGUAAAUGUUUUUCUUUUGGCUUUGUUUAUGUUCAUGAUUAAUAUACUGAAAUCAAAGUCUGUUUUAUUUCACUUUUAUCUGCCACAUGUAACUAGACUUUCAAGAAAUUCCAGUGACUUCUCAUAAAAUGAGCAUUUUCCCUAUGUAAAUUAAUUGAAAAACAUGUAUACACUUAUUUCUGGUUGUUUGCUUGACUUCCUGUGGCCCCUUCCCAUCCUAUAUACUUCCUCAAAAGUCUGGAGCAGAGCUGUUCCUUGGGACCUGUAAGCAGCGAGAUUUUUUUUCCUUCCAGGUUUGUUUUGUUUUUUUAAUUUAGUUAUGUUGCUGAUUGUUGGAAUCCACUGACAUGGGUGCUUGAAAUUGACCUUGGGCCCUCUGUCUGCAAGAGCACUUCAUGUUCUUGACUGCCAAUCCAUUGCUUCAGCCCCAGAAAUAGAGUAUUUGGUCUGUGUCUAAUAAAUUGUGCUUAUAACUGGU